CUCUUCGGAAACGGGAUGUGAUGUAAAUACACAGAACUUUUUUGUCCUUCUGUCUCUGGAGUUUCCAGAACUUCUUCUUGUUCCGUCGCUGAAACCAGAAUCCAAGUAAAGGAGGAGGUAAGGAGUGAACAUCUGGGAGAUAAAAACUCUUUAUUCUCCUCCACGAUGAUCCUCUGAGGCCCUCCGGACCUUCUCAGCGCCGAGCGGCCGGACUGGACGCGCCGAGCCAGGAUCGGACCGGAGAGGAGCCGCCGGAGCCGCAGCGGACAGAGAUGUAGCGUGUUUGUUGGCGUGACCGGCGGACCAUCAUGCACCUCUUCCUGCUGCUGAUCCUUCAAACCACAGCAGCCUUCGGACAGAUCGACCCCGCUCACUGCCGCUAUGCCCUGGGCAUGGAGGACGGACGCAUCACGGACGAUGACAUCACAGCGUCCAGCCAAUGGUACAAGACCACGGGACCGCAGUACGCCAGGUUGAACCGGGAGGAAGGUGACGGAGCCUGGUGUCCUGCAGGUCAGCUGGAGCCUUCAGACGUUCAAUACCUACAGGUGGACCUCGGCAGACUCACCUUCCUGACCAUCGUCGGCACUCAGGGUCGAUACGCCAGGAGCUCCGGGAACGAGUUUGCCCGAGCGUAUCGCCUCAACUACAGCCGGGACGGGCUGCUGUGGAAGUCCUGGAGGAACCGUCUGGGGAACCCGGUGAUGGAGGGCAACAAGAACGCCUACGCCUCCGUCAUCAACGACCUCCAUCCCCCCAUCGUCACCCGUCACAUCCGGCUGAUCCCCGUCACCAAACUGUCCACCACCGUGUGCAUGAGGGUGGAGCUGUAUGGAUGUCCAUGGGACGACGGUCUGAUCUCCUACACCGCCCCAGAGGGCCAGCUCAUGAUGCCACCAGGUUACCCCAUCGCCAGCCUCAACGACUCCACCUACGAUGGAGCUCAUGAACGGAGGAGGCUGUCUGGUGGCCUGGGUCAGCUGACGGACGGCGUCAUCGGCCUGGACGACUUCCUGCUGACCCGCCAGUACCACGUCUGGCCCGGAUACGACUACCUGGGCUGGAGGAACGACUCGCUGGGGACUCAGGGAUUCGUGGAGAUGGAGUUCGUGUUCGACCGGCAGCGGAACUUCACCUCCAUGAAGGUUCACAGUAACAACAUGUUCUCCCGCGGUGUGAAGAUCUUCUCCUCCGUCUCCUGUCAGUUCAAGCCCCGCCUCAUCGCCAACUGGGAGGCGGAGCCUGUGGCGUUCAAGACGGUUUUGGACGACAGGAAUCCGAGCGCCCGCUACGUCACCGUGCCGUUGCACCGCCGCGCUGCCAAAUCCCUCCGCUGCCGCUUUUACUUCGCCGACAUCUGGAUGAUGUUCAGCGAGAUCUCCUUCCAGUCCGAGGACACCGUACUGCCGACCCAGCUGACGCUGGUGGGGACGUCUCCUACGGCCAACGAAUACAACACCGUCACCACGGCGACUGAGACAGCUUCUACUUUCUUGAUAUCAGCGAAUCCGUCGGCCAGCGACUCUCCUGACGUCAGCAACACGCCCGUCCUGAUUGGCUGCCUGGUGACCAUCAUCCUGCUGCUGGUCAUCAUCAUCUUCCUCAUCCUGUGGUGUCAGUACGACUGCAAGGUACUGGAGAAGGCUCCACGUCGGAUCCUGGAUGAGGAGGUGACGGUUCGACUGUCGUCCUGCAGCGACACCAUCAUCCUGCAGACUCCUCCUGUUCCUCCUCGGUCUGGACAUCCUCCUACAGGUCCGGCCAACACUGACCCUCACUAUGAGAGAGUUUUCCUGUUGGACCCUCAGUACCAGAACCCGGCGGUGCUGAGAAACAAGCUGCCGGAGCUUUCGCAGAGCGCCGAGGCUUCCGCUCUGCUCCUCGGUAACCCUCUCUAUGACCUGCUGCUGCUCACUUCCUGUCACAUGACGUCGGGCUGGCUGCGUGCGUGCGGUGGAGGCUACGCCGAGCCGGACAUCACCCAGUGUACACCACACCAGUGUUUCCAUAGCAACGCGCCGCACUACGCCGAGACGGACAUCGUGCGUCUUCAGGGCGUCACCGGCAGCAACAUGUACGCCGUCCCCGCCCUCACCGUCGACUCGCUCACCAGGAAGGACAUCUCCGCCGCCGAGUUCCCACGGCAACAGCUGAUCUUCAGGGAGAAGCUGGGGGAGGGGCAGUUCGGAGAGGUCCACCUGUGCGAGGCUGAGGGACUCCCAGAAUUCCUUGGGGAAGGAUCGCCACUGCCGGACCGAGACGGACACUCGGUGCUGGUGGCGGUUAAACAGCUGAGAGCCGACGCAACCAGCCAGGCCAGGAAUGACUUCCUGAAAGAGAUUAAAAUCAUGUCUCGGCUGAACGACCCCAACAUCAUCCGGCUGCUGUGUGUUUGCGUUUCGUCCGACCCGCUGUGCAUGGUGACCGAGUACAUGGAGAACGGAGACCUCAACAUGUUCCUGUCACAGCGGGAGAUCGAGAGCACGCUGACCCACGCCAACAACAUCCCAUCAGUCAGUCUGUCCGACCUCCUCCACAUGUCGGUGCAGAUCUCAUCGGGGAUGAAGUACCUGGCAUCCCUGAACUUUGUCCACCGAGACUUGGCCACCAGGAACUGCCUCCUGGAUCGACGCCUCACCAUCAAGAUCGCCGACUUCGGGAUGAGCAGGAACUUGUACAGCAGCGACUACUACCGAAUCCAGGGCCGGGCGGUGCUGCCGAUCCGGUGGAUGGCCUGGGAGAGCAUCUUACUGGGAAAGUUCACCACGGCCAGCGACGUCUGGGCGUUUGGAGUCACCCUGUGGGAGAUCUUCACGCUGUGUAAGGAGCAGCCCUACAGCCUGCUGUCUGACGAACAGGUCAUAGAGAACACUGGCGAGUUCUUCAGGAACCAGGGCAGACAGAUCUUCCUCUACGGCCCUCCACUCUGCCCGCCUUCCCUCUUCGAGCUCAUGAUGCGAUGUUGGAGUCGCGACAUCCCCGACCGGCCAACCUUCGAGGGUCUCUACCAGGCCCUGAGGCCCCACGUCAGCCAGUGAUCCGCAGGGUCACAGCGGUCCGGUUCUCCUCUGCGCUGAUAGGAUUGCUAUUAGAAAAUGCAGCAACACCGAGGACUGGAAUCGUGGCGGCGAGGACGAAGAGAGUCGGGAGGUUGGUUUGCUUUCUGUUUGGAGAGCUGGAGGAAGAAAAUGCCGGUCAACUCAUGGAGAAUCAAAGCUUUCAGUGCGUAGAUUUCUGAGCUUUCUGAAGAUUUCUACCAAAAAUCUCUUCUCAGACCUUUUUAAAAAGUCGUCUUUAUGCCGAAAGUUGCCUUAAACUUCACUUUCCUCCGCUCUUUGGAUGCCAAAAACUGGACGGACGUUUCAGUGUUGGUAGUUUGUCCUGCCCCUGUGGUUUUUAUUAUUAAUAUUGUUGUAAAGCACUGUGUCUGUGUCUCUCAGUUAUUCUUAUAUUAACCCACACUGGAGUUAGGGCUAGGGUCAAACCGUAGUGUAGGAUUUUAGAUUUUUAUUCUAUUUUAUUUUUCUUGUUUUAUGUUUUUUUUUCACUUUUGUUGGUGUUUGCGUUUUGUUUUUUUGUGGAUAUGAAUGUUGUUGAAACCUGUGUGCUUUGCGGACUGGAAACCAGUCGGUGGGUAACUGUGGGAAAGAAUCUGGAGUGGAGGCGAAGUGAAACCUCACAAGUGCCGUUUUUGUUGCCAAACAGGAAGUGGUGGAAGCUUUUCUCCAAAGUGCCUUACAUUUGUAGCAUGAUGUGGUACCAGGAGGAAGGCUGGGGUUACCUCGACAACACCAGUCCUUCUAGAGGAGAGAUUCACCAAGUAUCUGAUGCCAAAGUAUCAUUAACCCUGUGGAAAAUGCAGCGUGAAUUAGCCAUGUUCCACUGCAGGAUCUUGGAGGGCAACUCCAAGAUCCUGCAGUACAUGUUCUUACUGCAACAACCGUCCCUGUACAACCUUUUUAAGGGUGGUAGCCACUCCAGGUUGUGAGCAGGUGUUUUUGAGAAGUCAAGAUGUCAUUUCUCUGGCGUUUCGUUGUCCUCAUCCAGUGAUCUUCUCCACUGAAACAUCGCAUCAGCAUGUGUAAAAUUCAUCAAGCUUCCAUUGUUUUGUUUCCUCCAUGCUCAUAGAACUGAAGUUUUGUCCGGUAGUUUACAUUUGUCGUACCUUCUUCUGCCACCGUUUACUUUUGAAUGAGAUGCAGUUACAUGACUAGCCGUAAGGGUCUGCAAAACAAGUGCAACUUCCUGCUCUGUUGGAGUUGGUGAGGUAAAGUCUAUCAACUACUAUUUGUAGAGAUGUUCCAAUCAAGUUUAUUGCCCCUGAUCUGGUCCAUGUCAUCGGUAUUUAACAUCUGCCGAUAUCGAGUAGCAAUCCAACACCACUGACCUUGAUAACACAGACUUCAAGUUCAUGAAAGCUGUUAAAAUGGGUCUGAUGUAUAUGCUCAUUUAAUCGGUUCCUCCAUGUUUGGUAGGUGUUCAGGAACCUUGUUGUAAAGCUGCAGGAUGACACUAUCUGGAAUGUAGUGUUAGAUGGUAGGAUGUUAGAUGGUAGGUUUCACAAGCUCCAACACAUGUAGAAAACCUGUACUCUCUGCAUGAUGCCAGUAAAUGUGUCGUGGAUAAAUUGUAGUACCUGGUUGUUCCACCAGGUGGAGCCUCUCACUGUUUUAUGAGAUGGAGUUACAGGUGUGUUUGCAGACCGCCCGCGAUGGUAAAUAAAAUGAGCGCGCCUGCCUGCUGUUGUAGUGAUGAACUCUGGAGCAUCAGGCUGUAAAAAGGCGUCUGACGGCUGUGCGGUUUUGGUGAACUCUGAGUAAACAUUGUGGUUGCAGUUGUUGGAUCCUAACGGGACCUCACACCUCCCCCCGAGUUCCUGCAGUGGAAAGCCGGCUAGUUUCACAAGUUUCUAAAAUGAGAUUGUCCUGGUUUACUUUGUUUUUUUCCGCAUUGGAAUUUGGAAACUCUGCAUUUGUAGUUGCCAUCGAAUGCAGUCUUAGAACACAAUUUGAGACUUAGCAUUUGGCACCAAGCACUUCAACACAAUGCACAGAUCAACUUCACUGCACAGGAAACUUUAUAGUGUGAUAAUAUGUCAAAGUGGUGAAGCGCAUUUGUUUUGUUUUUUUUGGGGUCUUUUCACGAAAAAUCAACCGGCUCCUCCCCCUGACUUCCUCAGAAUCAUCUGGUUCUUCAUCUCCAGUAACUUCAUCAAUGAUCAGAGUUCUACCUUCUGACUGUGAAUAUUUCCAGAGUUCCAAGUCCUUGAAGUCCACAGAGGAGAACGUCCCCUGGAGAAGGUUCUAGAGUAGUAGUUCUAGAACUUUCUCCAGAGGACGUUCUCCUUUCCUGCUUUCAGUUUUUUAAGUUUAGUCUCACUUAGAAGGUUCCAGGUCCUUGAAGUCCAUAGAGGUGGGUCCAGAUUUAUCAUUUUUUAAUGGACUUUUUCCAUCAUUUCUGAGCCUCAGAACUACAUCAGUGCAGAAGAUAGACACACAACAGGACAGUUUUUGAGCCUUUUUGGAAAAAUAAUUUUAAUUUUGUCCCAAUGUUUAUGAAUAUUUUGGAUUAUUUCUCAGCCGUUGUUCAUUUUUAUGUCAUUUUUAACCAUUUUUGAGUUAUUUAGAAUCAUUAUUAGGUAAUAUUGGACAGCUUUAGUGUAAUUUUGAACAAUUAUUUUGUAAUGUUGUUCCACUUUGGUGUCAUUUUGAAAGUUUUUUUUAAGCCAUUUUGUAAUUCUUUCCAAUACUUUUGAAUAUUUUCCAUCAUUUCUGAGCCUCAGAGCUUCAUCAGAACAGCAGAUAAACACAUUUAAGUUCUGGUAAAAACAGAUCAGUUUUUCAGUUUCCAUCCAGACACUAUCAUCCUUAAAUCUGGUUUAAACAUUUUUUCUGAGGAGGUUGGGGGGAACUUCUUUGACUUUCUUGUUCUUGACGAUGUCGUUCAGUUCCUUAAAUCCCUCUUUUAAACAGUGUAAAAUGGCGCAAAUGGAAAAGGACCAAAGUUGUUGACGUCUGAGAGCAUUUUUCCGUGUUUUGUCGUCGUGUUUUGUUAUCUGUACUGUAUCUUACAGUGUGUGUGUGUGUGUGAGUUUGUGAGAGAAAAUGCGAUUGUGAUCGAGUGUUUCCGACAUUCCUAGGAGCACUGGGAGCCAGUUGGGGUUGAAGUGGUUUAACUGGAGUCGCUCUGCGGUGCCAAACGAUGUGACUAAUGAGGUUUUUUUAAGCGGUAAUUAAAGGACGGAAGGAAACCACUAAACUCAAACUCCCAGAGUCCUUUGCUACAGUGAGCCUGUGUAUUUAGUCGUGGUUCCUUCAGAGAGACGUUUAGUUUGAUAGUGUACAGUCUAAGUGAUCUAUUAUAUCUCAGUGUGUGAAUGCAGAUUAGGUGUGAUAAUUGUUAUUGAUAAUUGAUUAUCUAUCAGAAUUUAUAGGAGCUGUUUCUGAUGUUUGCUAUCGUGGGAAGGUGUUGGGUUUUUCUUUCUCUGUUCUCCGUCACUUUGGACAUGUUUAAGGGGAAUGUUCGGUUUGUUUUCCAGUUUUUCAUCCACACUGUUCCAUCUUCAGCGUUCUUUCAGACCUUUAUUGUACAUACGCCUGUAGCUGUGUAUAUUAAUAUAUUGGGAGGUCUUUGGUCCCAAAUCAUUUCACUCUGUACUCUCUUACGUCUCCGUUUGGUUUUCUUAUAAUAAACAGUAAAAGUUGUCAAACAAGAA